GAUUGCCACCCGCCUCACAGCAUCUCUCUCCCUCUAUCCUUUUCUCUCUCUCUCCCUCCCUCCCUCUCCCCCUCUCCAUGCAUAUGUAUGGACUUAUUUUUUGACAUUAAAUUUUGCAGGCUCAAGACAACGAGUCUAUCAGAUAUGAAGAGGAAUUUAUAACGAGUCCCCGUGGAUUAGAGCUCUUUACAUGUAGAUGGCUUCCGAGGAAAAAAGAACCGAAGGCCUUAAUCUUUUUAUGUCACGCUUUGAUUCCAUGGCCGGAAUUUGCUAGGAUAUGGAGUGGAAUGCAGCAUGUAUAUGAGAGACACAGGAACUCGGCUAGCGAAGGCAGGCUAUGCAGUUUAUGGAUUAGACAACGAGGGUCAUGGGAAAUCUUCUGGAUUGCAAGGAUAUGUACCAAGCUUUAAUGCCCUUGUUGAUGAUUGCUCUAACUAUUUUAUGAGCAUUUGUGAGAGGCAAGAGAAUAAGAUGAAGCGACGGUUUCUUCUUGGAGAGUCCAUGGGAGGAGCAAUGGUCCUCCUCCUCCAUAGAAGAGAGCCAACCUAUUGGAAUGGUGCCAUUUUGGUUGCUCCUAUGUGCAAGAUUGCUGAUGAAAUGAAGCCUCACCCAUUCGUGAUCAGCGUUUUGAGGAAGUUGUGCAACAUCAUACCAACGUGGAAGAUAAUCCCCUCGCAAGAUAUUAUCGAUGUUGCCUUCAAAAAUCCUGAGAAAAGAGAGGAGAUUCGAUCUAAUCCUUAUUGCUACAAGGGAAAACCUCGCUUAAAAACCGGCCAUGAGCUUCUCAUGGUCAGCCUAGAUAUUGAAAAGAACCUUCACCAGGUUUCACUGCCAUUCUUGGUUGUGCAUGGUGGAGACGAUAUCGUAACUGAUCCAUCGGUGAGCAAAUUGCUCCAUGAAUCGGCCUUAAGCGAGGACAAGACAUUCAAGCUGUACCCUGGAAUGUGGCACGCCCUCACCUCCGGUGAACCACUUGAAAACAUUGAGCUUGUGUUCGCCGAUAUUGUGGCUUGGCUAGAUGAGAGAGCAUCUACAGGGGACUCAAGAUUUGAGAUAGAGCAAAAAGCAAAGCAUGAUGAGCAUUUUCUAAAGAUGCAAGGUAAGAAAAUGCUUGGAGAGAUGCAUAACAAAUAGUGGUGCCAUGUUAAUGAUGGCAGAUCGAUGGUUACGGUUUAUUAGAAAGGUGGACUCCUAUGUUUGAUGAGGUUUUUAGCUUGGGCUUUCAUCAAUAUGGAUGGUGAUGGAUAGAAAUAUCCGGCCCCAAGCAACCUUGAAAGGAUUUCUAUAUGGCACUUUCGAAGGUGGUGACAUGGAAGGGGGGAUGCAUAUAGCUCUUUAGAAAUAAAGGUCCCUUGGAACUCUCUCUUGAUUAAUUUUGUUUUGUUGGAUUACUUCGGCUGAACCAUGGAAUGCCCUCUUUUUUUUUAUUUUUUUUUUAUUAGCUUGAACUGUGACAACAAUCAAAUGGAAAGGGAUAUGGUAUCUACAUCA